AUGCCUUCUGCAACAAAGUCCACAAAAAUGACCAACGGCGAGAGCAGCGGUCUCAGUGCCGGGAAGUUGAGCCAUAUUCCAGACGCGAGCAACGGUGUUGUCGACCGAUUCUCACAGUCAGCUUUUGCUGAUGAGCCUUACUUCGCUCGUGCACGCAUGCAAGAUCGGUCAGCUCACGUAUCACGUUUGAGCAGUCAACUUGACGCAACCGAAGAAAUAUUGCGGAAAUGA